AUGGUCGUUUGCCUAAACUGCGGCAAGCGGCCCGAGUUUCGGUGCGCAGGUUGCGGCGUCGCAAGAUUUUGCUGCCAGGCCUGUCAGCGUGCUUGCUGGAAAGGACACCGCGCACACUGUGGCCGCGUGCCAGACCUGACAGCCAAGGACUUGGUGGAGAAUGUGCCCGAGGCCUUCGCAUCAGCCUGGCCGGAAGAGGAGCAGCUGAGCGACGCGCUGCUUUUGGCCCAGCUGCUGAAAGCGCUGGGGGUGUGCAAGGACGGUAGCAUUCUCGGCCAGCAGCCUUUGCUCGAAACAGAGCUUUGGGAGCACAUCACGAAAUCACGCCGCGGCCUGGCUGCCCUUCUCUUCGGGCGGAACUGCUUCCGCACUUCGCUGCUGCCAGCGGUGCGCGCGCUCAGUGCAUUGGGGCAGUGGCCGCUAUUGCUGAGUGCCAGGCCGCAAGGGCACGUGACCGAGCUCCCAACGCUGGAGCUUUGCGCCACUCUGGCCUGGCGCGUGCUUGGCGCCGCGCGGCGUGUGCGUGCCGAGGGUCAUCGGCGAUUGAUCUUCCUCGGAAUUGGCUCAGGUGACUCCUUGGUUGAGGCUUCGGUGACGCUUCACUUGGCCGCUGCACUUGGUGUCACACCCGACCUUGAGAAGGGGUCGCCCCUGAGCUUGCCCUGGGACGACUUCGAGAUCGAGGUCGUUACUACUGACAGUGCCGACGAUGAGGACCUGCGCUUGAACCGAAUCGCGGAGGCGCCUCCGGAGCUACGCAGCCUGCGCCUGGACCGGCGUGCCGCCGUGCGGCGCUUCGCGGCCGAAGCUCCCCUCUUCGUCUUCAGCUCUUGGAUGCCGAUGCAUGCCUGCUGGUGUUCGGACGUCGUGGAAGAUGCCGGGAGCCGCUUGGUGGAGAUGUGUUUCUUGACCUCGCCCCCAGAGCUCAUCCAGGUACCUCGCCAGGAGGUCCUGCGCCCUGCAACGCCGCAGCUCCGUGCCACGCAGGAAAUCAAUCCGCUGACGCUGUGCCGUUGGGACUUCUUGGCCGAAGGAUUCGAUGAAAGCGAGGACACGGACAGGGACUUCUGCAAUUCGGGCCUCUUCCACAGCCAGCUUUACAUAACAAGCUCACGGCAGGUGCCCCGGCUGCCACUGCCUAAAACGCUGCUGCACGGCUUCGGCUGCUACCACAAGAGAAUGGCGGCCGAUCCACAGCUGAUGGCCGUGAACGUUUGCCGUGGAGUGGGCUUGUACCACAUUCGCGGACCAAAGGACCUGGGCGCCCCCUUGCCGGGCCCAGAAUUGCUGAGCCUCCGCCAGGCAUUGGGGGAAUCGCCGAGCUCAGGAGUGCCUUGUCUUCUUGAGUCGUGGCAGCGUUCAAAGCCAGGCUUCUUGCACUGCCCACUUGGCUUGCAGGAGUUGGCUUACGGUAGGCUUCGAAAUUCUGGAACGAUCUCCGGAUUAAUCGGAAUCAGGAUGCACCAUGCGACAGCCGAGGACUGA